UAGGUGUAGAUUCUGGAUUUAUUCGUUGUGUAUAUAAUGCAAAGAAUCAAAGUGGUAAUACAGUUACCCUGCUCUGUGAGAAAAUGGAAGGUUGUUGUGUAACAGGUUGCUGCCCUAAAGAUCAAUUUUGGAUUUUCCCACUCGUUUGUUUUCUCAUCUUUGUACUUGUCGUUUUUUGUGUUGGAACUGUUUCAAUUAUAAUAUGCUUUCAACGUACAAAAGGCAAACAAAGACGAACGGAAAAAGAGAUUUAUUCACAAAAUAGAGCUUCAGAGGUAGGAGCAGGUCCCCAUGGCAGCAAUCGACCAGUUGGGUCGAGUCAACCACCUCCGCAACAAAACAAUUAUGGCACAGGCCGAUUCCCUAAAACAAUUCCAAACAAUCCCCCUCAACAACAGGAUCAAUUUCAGGAGGCCAUUCAUUAUCAACAAAGGCAUUUACCACCAAGAAGCCAUCACCAAACACAAUAUUUUACAUCACAUAGAUUUUAA